ACACACACACACAUACAGGCAGUCACUUACACAAUCAGAGGGCCAGGGAUGAAAGAACAUGUAAGAAGACGGGAUUAACAGGUUCAUAUGACGGGACUGCAGCUAAGGACCUAAGGACCGAGAUCUUACCCCUGCGAGAAGGCACUACCCUCAAGAGUGAGGAUGACUUGCCAUUGGUGAGCUGUCCGGGCAUCUUGUGACUCUCUCUGCCCAUGAGAAGAGGAAGGGACUAGUGAAUGACAGGCACAAGACCAGUGCUCUGUGUGCUGUUUUACCAAAGUUCCCAGUUUGACAGCUCUGAAACAACAACGAACGAGGAGACAACUAAAUGAAAAAAGCCAAGAGAACAGGGCAUCCAGCCUGAGGGGAAAGUAAUUACCACAGCUCUGUUUUCACUCUGGAGUUGCUGGUUUUACACUGAGUUGGGUUUGUGGACCCUCGUUUUUUGUUUGUUUGUUUAGCCUCUAAGGAGUUACUGGUUGUUGGAAGUGUGUUUGGGCUGCUGUGGAGGAAAGCUGGUAUGGCUGUUGGCUUCUCUCUGCGAUCGGAGGCAGUGGGAGCUAUGCGGACAGCCAUGAUGUCUGCUGAGAACUUGCAGCUCAGUUUGAAGACUGGGCUGAGUCAGGAAGAACAGGCUCUUACACUCAGCAACGGGAGCCCUAAGGAGACACACAAAGUCGGGAAUGAAGACCUCAAAGAGAUGUUGGAGAGCAACAAGGAAUCGCUCAAACUUGAGGCCAUGAAAAGGGUCGUUGGGCUGAUUGCCAAAGGGAAAAAUGCAUCGGAGCUGUUUCCUGCUGUUGUGAAGAACGUCGCGAAUAAGAACAUAGAGCUUAAGAAGCUCGUAUACGUCUACCUGGUGAGGUACGCAGAGGAGCAGCAGGACCUGGCUCUGCUCUCCAUCAGCACGUUCCAGAGGGCCCUGAAGGACCCAAACCAGUUCAUCCGGGCCAGUGCACUGAGGGUUUUGUCCAGUAUCCGUGUCCCCAUAAUUGUCCCCAUCAUGAUGCUCGCCAUAAAGGAGUCUGCAGCCGACAUGUCCCCGUAUGUCAGGAAGACUUCUGCCCAUGCUAUCCAGAAGCUCUACAGCCUGGAUCCAGACCAGAAGGAGCACUUGAUUGAAGUGAUAGAGAAACUAUUGAAAGAUAAAAGCACGCUGGUGGCCGGCAGCGUGGUGAUGUCCUUCGAGGAGGUGUGUCCAGAUCGCAUUGACCUGAUCCAUAAGAACUACAGAAAACUGUGUAACCUGCUGGUGGAUGUGGAAGAGUGGGGCCAGGUGGUCAUCAUCUCCAUGCUUACCCGCUACGCCAGGACUCAGUUCGUCAGUCCCUGGAAGGAGGGUUCUGUGUUUGAUGAGAAUAAUGAAAAGGCGUUCUAUGACUCUGACUCUGUGGAGAAAGAAGACGAGACAGAGGCCAAGACUUACAUCAUGGAUCCGGAUCACAGACUGCUGCUGAGGAACACCAAACCUCUACUGCAGAGCAGGAACACGGCUGUGGUGAUGUCUGUGGCUCAGCUCUACUGGCAUCUGGCCCCUAAACACGAAGUUACCAUUGUCACCAAGUCACUGGUGCGACUACUAAGAAGCCACAGAGAGGUGCAGUACAUCGUGCUUCAGAACAUCGCCACUAUGUCCAUUCAGAGAAAGGGGAUGUUUGAACCCUACAUGAAGAGCUUCUAUGUCCGGUCUACAGAUGCCACACAUAUCAAAACACUAAAGUUGGAGAUCCUGACCAACCUCGCCAACGAAGCCAACAUCUCCACUAUUCUGAGAGAGUUUCAGACCUAUGUGAAGAGUCAGGACAAGGCGUUUGCUGCAGCCACAAUUCAGGCCAUUGGCAGGUGUGCCACCAACAUCUCUGAGGUGACAGACACCUGUCUCAACGGUCUGGUCCUUCUCUUCUCCAACAGAGAUGAGACUGUGGUGGCCGAGAGCGUGGUGGUCAUCAAGAAGUUGCUUCAGACUCAGCCCACCCAGCACUGCGAGAUCAUCAAGCACAUGGCUAAGCUCUUUGACAACAUCUCUGUCCCCAUGGCCCGAGCCAGCAUCCUGUGGCUGAUGGGAGAAUACUGCGAGAGGGUGCCAAAGAUUGCACCCGAUGUUCUGCGUAAAAUGGCCAAGACGUUCACAGUGGAGGAGGACAUAGUCAAGCUGCAGAUCGUCAAUCUAGCAGCCAAACUCUACCUGACCAACUCUAAACAGACCAAGCUGCUGACCCAGUACAUCCUGAAUCUCGGCAAAUACGACCAGAAUUAUGACAUCAGAGACCGAACGCGCUUCAUAAGACAACUCAUAGUCCCCAGCGAGAAGGGCGGGGCCCUCAACAAGUAUGCUCGUCGCAUCCUACUGGCCCCCAAACCAGCUCCUGUGCUUCAGUCUGCCUUCAAAGAUCGAGACCGUUACCAACUGGGAACGCUCUCCCACAGUCUCAAUAUUAAAGCGACGGGUUACCAGGAGCUCUCGGACUGGCCGGCUGUUGCCCCCGACCAGUCUGUGAGGAACGUGGAGGUCAUUGAGCCGGUGAAAGAGUGGGCCCCAUUAGUUGGGAAGGCCAAGAAAUCCAAAUCUGCUGAUAAGUUCUACUCAGACGAUGAAGAGGAGAAAGAAGAGGAAGGAUCUGAUAGCAGUGGCAAUGAAGAGAGCAGCAGCAGCAGCAGCAGCAGCAGUAGCAGUGAAGAGUCUGGCAGUGAGAGUGAGGAGGAAAGCAGUGAGUCAGAAAAGACCUCCACUGAUUCUGGAAAGAGUUCAAGUGGAUCUGAGAAGAGCUCCAGGGAAUCUGAAUCAGGACAAAAGAUGAAGAAGAAGACCAAGAAGGUGCCGCAGAAGAAAAGCAAGCCAGCUGCUGCUCACAGUGAGUCAGAUGAAAAUGGUAAUGGACCUGUAGCCAAUGCCAGCAGCUCAUCCGCUGAAAGCUCCUCUGGCUCAGAGACUGAUUCUGAAGACGACUCUGACUCAGACUCCCCCACAGUGCCGAAGAAGAAGAGUGUCGUGAAGUCCAAACCCAAGGUGGAAGGGAAGUCCAAGAAGGAAGUCUCUCUACUGGAUCUUGAUGACUUUUCUCCGGCAGCGACAACCAAUGCGCCAAAGUCUGCGGUCCUCUCCUCGAGCCUGAUGUCCGACCUCGAAGGCCUGUCCCUCUCCAACGUUUCCCCCGACAUACAGGUCACCACUCCAUCUUUCGGCCCUGUGACAACCUAUGAGCUGCUUCACCACAUGACGGGAAAAGGUCUCUCAGCCAAGUACCACUUCCCCAGGCAGCCUUGUCUGUACCAGCCCAGUAUGGUGGCGGUGCAGGUCGUACUGACCAACGGCUCGGAUCACAGCCUGGAGGAGAUCCAUAUAGGAGACAGAAACCCUGCCAGUCUGAACAUCCACUGCUUCAACACCAUCGAGCGACUGGAGCCCGAGGCCUCAGUGACGGUUUCCAUGGGUGUUGACUUCAGCGACUCGACGCAGGCAGCCAACUUCCAGUUGUGCACCAAGGAGGACCAGUUCAGUGUGUCCAUCCAGCCGGCUGUAGGAGAGCUGUUUAUGCCCAGUACCAUGACAGAAGAGGACUUCUGUAAGGAGCAAGGUAAGCUCCUGGGCAUGAAUGAGACCUCGGAAACCAUCACCAUGGCAACAGCAAACACCUCCAGCCAGUCCAUCAGCAAGCACGUCCUGUCUGCGGCCAACGUCGGAGUGGUGUCGUCCAGCCAGAGCAACGUCCACAGGUUUGCUGGGCGGACGGUCAGCAGCGGAGCCCUGGUCCUGGUGUCGCUGGAGACGAAGGAGUCCUCCUGUGCCCUGCUCACGGUCAACACAGAAAAGAGCGUCAUGGCGUCCAUGUUGCUCCGAGACCUCAAACAAGCCCUCGCCCAAGCAUAGAGCCCCCCUGUCGGCCAGGUUCUUGUAGUAAAGGUAAAGGGGGAGAAAACGUAAUCAAAUAUUUCAUACAUUAUAUUUCUGUGGUUUGGGAGGAUUUAGGCGUCUGAAAUCCUGAGACUGAAGAGCUAUAGCUUGAACUUGCGUGCCCACAGAGAAUGAGCGAUCAGCGAUUCUUAUUUUUCUGGUCUGUUGCUUUUGAAAGGAUUGUCCUGAACCACGGGAAUAACUUUGUGACAUUCUUGAAUUAAGUGUUGAUCCCCUUUAAAACACACAUGAGGCAUCAUAGAUUUCUGUUCGUCCAACUUUGUCCUUCACAACCAUGACACUCCUCCGUCAAGAGAAUCUCACACUUACUGGUCGUUCAUCUCAGAAGAAUUCAUACGGUUUGUGGUUCUUACCAAGGGUAUAUUAUAUUAUUAACCAGAAAUAUUGUGGAGCAAGAGUUCACUACGUCACAACGCUACAGGCCAAGAACUCAGGCCCUGUUUAUUCUCUUUAUCAAUCAAGAUGCUCCACAAAGAAAUCUGAAGAGCCACUGUCCGACUGUAUUGAUAUUUGUGCCUGAGCCAUUGAUGAAUAUAGUUUUUUUUCAAAGCAAAGAGAAGCAGAGUAGCAGUGCCAACCCAAGUGAACAUUGUCGUACAUUUAUAAGCUUUUAUCAAACCAAACGAGUCUCUGUUCGUGUUAUAGUUUUACAUUCCAACUUUAAAACUGCCCGAAAAUCACAUUUGUCAAAGUGCCUUUCACAUGAAAAUAAUGUUAUUUAGAAUACCAGACAUAUAGAUUAGACGUAAAACGACAAGGUCUUUUUAUUUGUAUCGCAUUUGCUGAACAAUAAAGUGAACUUACUGAA